UCUAUUUCCUUUCCUUCUCUUUCUCUCAAUCCUACCUUUCCUUCCCUGCCUUUGAAUCUGCCGUCAAACCCCACAAACAAACCCAGAAACCCCUCCUCCCAUAGAAAAAAUGGAUACCAAUUAUCAUGGCUUACCUCCCCUCAAGAGAUUCAGACUCAUCCAACAGCAACAAGAGCUCCAGAAUCAACAGCCACAUCACAAUCACGGUCGCAAAACUCAGGAUGAAGGCGCCAGUGUCUCUGGCUCAACCUUACCGGCAAAGAAGCGUAAAGAAUCUCGAGAUUCAACAUUUCUUUCUGAUUCGGCAGUUUCAGUUUGUGUCAACACUUAUUCUUUACCGGCUAAGAAACGGGUAUGGGCUCUUCAACCUGAUUUUGGUUCCGAUGUCGGCGUUUCUUCUAUUGACCUUAAUGUUGAAUACAAACCAUCGAUUGAGGAAGAAGUAAAAUCAAUAGAUGAUGAAGCCAAUGAUACUGAAAUUCCACCUGUAGCAAAUUCCCUCGAUGUUGAAAAUGAGAAUGAGAAUGAUUCAAAUACUGAAGAUGUUGAUGAAGAUGAUGAGGAUGGGAUUGUAUGUGCUGUAUGUCAAAGCACAGAUGGGGAUCCAUCAGAUCCAAUUGUUCUCUGUGAUGGGUGUGAUCUAAUGGUUCACGCCGCAUGCUAUGGCAAUCCGCUUGUAAAAGGAAUUCCAGAGGGUGAUUGGUUCUGUGAAACAUGCAGAGUUUCAUCGUCUUCUGAAACUAAGAAUGAUGAUGAAAACAACAUUUCUUGUUGUCUCUGUCCUGCAAAGGAAGGGGCUAUGAAACCCACUGUAGAUGAGCGGUGGGCCCAUAUUGUGUGUGCUCUUUUAGUGCCUGAGGUGUUUUUUAAGGACCCAGAAGGAAGAGAAGGGAUUGAUUGCUCAAAGGUUCCCAAGAAGAGGUGGUCUGAGAAGUGUUACAUUUGUGAAUCUUCAAAUGGGUGUGCCAUUGUGUGUUCUGAGAUUAAGUGUCCUUUGGCAUUUCAUGUCACCUGUGGAUUGAAAGAGGAUCUUAGCAUCGAGUAUCGUGAAGGGAAGAAGAGUACUACCAUCGUCGCUGGUUUCUGCAGAGGCCACACUGAAUUAUGGAGAAAGCAACAGCUAUCUGGAAAAUACAAAAUCGUUGCUGAAGAAAACAAGUAGCAAUACUAGUCACGUGCAAGUCCUGUGGUAUUGUACCAAUUUGAAUGGUGCUAGUCGGUGUCCACAAACUUCACUGUUUGUUACUUCUUUCAGUUAGGCUUUUGACACGAAUUUCACAUUUAGGUGCUUCAGAUUUCAACUUUCAUUUGAUCCUGUAGUUCUCUAGAUGGGUAUCUUUUGUGAACAAUGAUUCUCUGCAAUGACUGUGCGAUUUAGUAAAGAGAGAGACAAUGAGAUUUAUUUGACAUGUAAGCUUUUGACUGAUCUGUUUCUUUUUAAUGGGCCUGUAGUUUAUUAGACA